AAUAAUUUUUAAAAAAGAUUAAUUUAUGAAAUGGGUGGGGCUAAUUAUCUUUAGUUAUUAAAGAAGGUGUGGUCAGCUGUAGUACGUUCCCGCUGGCGGGAUCUUUUAACCAGAAGAAGAGGCCAUGAGUGUAUUUAAGGGAAGUAUACUGGAGUACCCAGGACUGGUUGUUGAUAGAUUCAAUCCAGUCAACUGCAGGAGAGGCCGGGCCUUCUUCCUAUCACACUGUCAUAAAGAUCACAUGAGUGGACUGGAUUCAGAUGAACUUCUGAAAGUUUUAAAAGAAUUAAAAAUAGAUUUUUAUUGUUCGGAGGUGACACACGCGUUGCUAAGCAACGAUCCUGGCUUCUCACACCUCAUGCCUUAUUUGGUAUCAGUUCCAGUGGGAGAGACGAUCAGCCUCAAACUGAACACAUUCAGAAAUGAAGACCAGGUGGUUACUGUUAAUGUCACUCUAUUACCAGCUGGUCAUUGUCCUGGGUCUGUAAUGUUUUUAUUUCAAGGUGAUGCUGGAAAUGUAUUAUAUACAGGUGAUUUCAGGCUCUCAUUGAGUGACAUUAGGGGGUGUGGCCCACUGCAUACUGAUGAUGGUAAAGUCAUUGAAAUCAAGGCGUUAUAUCUUGACACGACAUUCUGUCAUCCAAAAUCAACUAACAUCAUAUCACGUGACGAAACAAGAGAUAUAAUACUGAAGAAGGUCAAAGAAUGGCUGGCCCAGGGUCCUGAUAAUAUAGUUCGGUUGGAUUGUCGAUCCUUUGGUUAUGAGCACAUACUAAUGUCACUCUCCCUCCAGCUGGACACUAACAUACACACAGCUGGUUGGAAGAUAAGGUCUUACUCCGUCCUACCUCAGGUUCAUCAGUGCUUGACUGAAGAUGGGAACAGUACGAGAAUACAUGCUUGUGUUAAUAAGAAAGGGACACAGUCUGUUUCUGGUAAACUGCCUUGUGGAGCCACACCCACUAAAGGAGGUACUCCUAAUAUAUUAACAAUCAAGCCAUCAGCUCAAUGGUUUCUUAGCAAUGAUAAGCCACACCCAUCAGCAUUUUUUCCUGAAUUUAAUUUAUUUCGAGUCCUUCAUUCAAUGCACUCCAGCUACUCUGAGAUUAUUGAGGUAGUCUCGUACCUGUGUCCAGUGUCCAUUGUACCGUGUGUCAUUCCAUACACACUCGGGGACACAUCACUGGUUGAUAUACACAGCAGGUUGCGUCAUCUUUUAAGGAACCCUUCACCUGUUGUUGAAAAACCUCUUCCCAGUGCUACCGGAAAGAGAAAAAGAAAUUUAGAAAAGGAGGAACCAAUUAAGAAAAGGGCAGAGUCAUUUAAUGACGAGGCGGAGUCUGACAGUUCGUAUGAAACUAAUGAUGAAUUUAUUAGUGAAGAGGAGGCGGAGUCACAAGGAGACCAUACCCACCCUGAUAGCUUACUGUCUAUUAUAGGACAACAAACAAACAACAAACAAAAAACGUGUAAACAACCAACAAUCAAACUGACAUUUAGCAUUGAAGAGGAGGAGGUGCUGGAGGGACUAGAGGGAGAGGAGGUUAAUAAGGGACUGGAGGGGGAGGGGCCAGGAGAGGAGGAGGGGCCAGAAGAGGAGGAGGAGGGGUUAGGUGAUUGUAUUAUUGACCUGACUCAUAGUUCAAGCGACACUAGUGAUCAUCAGUCCACUCCAGCUGGAUCAGUUAUUAUCAUCAGUGAUGAUACAACUAACGGAUCAAUGGGCGGGUCACUUGAAGCCACUAGCACUGGGUCUAUAAGAGGAGGGUCUGUCAGUCCUGGAGGAGGAGGAGGGGCUAAUAGUGUAGGAGGGUCUCCACUGGUAGUAUUAUCCAGUUCUAGUGAUGCCAGUUGUAAUGGACGUGGAACGUCACCCUCUAUAGUCCCCCUGUCCCCCUCUAAAGAACCAGCAGAAUCCAUUUUAUUAAAGAGGAAAGGCUCUUUUUUAUAAACUUCACCAGCUGCUAAUAUAUUAUUAUAUUAUGUUUUGAAUACAUAAGAUAUAUUCUAGUUAUUUAUUUAAAUUCUGACAUUGUUUAAGUCUA